CUAUUACACUAUCAAAUAUCUUUGACAAAGAUAUUGGACAAAGAAAUUUGAUUGUGUAAUACCGGCCUAAUAUACCGGUAACAAGAAAGCAGUGCUUCAUAUACGAGUGUCAUCUUUUAAUUUGCAGAAUUGUUAACGAUGAAAGAAUUGGCAAGGAGAUAUAUUCCUAAAUACUGGAGAGUGCGGCGGUCUGCUGAAGUUGUAGAAGAGGAACUCAGUGAUUAUGAAGAUUUAGACAUAAUAGAUAUGAUGCCAUAUGAUUUGGAUAUCACAUCUGUUGUGAAAGUUAAGAAUCCUUAUUUGUGGAGCUGCUACCAGCUAAAAAAGGCAGAGUACAGGAAACGAUAUGGCCACGUGUCAGAAGUAACAUUGUACCAUGCAACAGCAGAAGACAAUGUACAAUCCAUCAUUAGUGAGAACUUUGAUUGGAGGUUUUCUGUACGAACAAAAUUUGGCAGAGGUGUUAGCUUCAGUCCAGAUCUUAAGUACGCUAAUAGACAUUGUAAUAGCAAUGCUGGAUGUGCGAGAGCUAUGAUAGUUGCAAGUGUACUGGUAUCAAAUAAAUGCCAGGGUUCAUACUCUACUAAGAUACCCACCAAAGGUUGUGAUACAACUGUUGGGAACAAGGACAAAGUUUAUGUCAAGUAUUCUGAUAACGAGUUUUAUCCAGAAUAUGUAAUAUAUUAUAAUGAUGAUUCAGAGCUAUACUGAAUGAUAGAUUUUAAUUGGCAGUGAUUCUUCCAUGUUUGUAUGUGUUUUGUGGAAUAUAAUUCUGGGAUUUACAAUUUUUUUUUUCUGUCUCAAGUUUAGUGCCACUAUAUUCUUACCCUAUUUACAUAUUGAAAAAAAUCUAUGGAAAAUGUGUCAUAUAUCUUAAAAAUAAAUAAAACUAUUCUUACACAUUUUGAA